AUGCACGGUGCAGGUCAACACGGCAUUAAGGGACCAGUAGUGAACGUCUGUGUUGAUGUGGACGACAUGGUGACAAUGUUGCCUCGUGCCAUCGAACAAGACCGAGCCCUCAAUGUACAUUUGAAGCGGCGCAUGCUUGCGAAGACGACCUACCUGGCAGGGGCAGUAAAAAAAUGUGAUCUGCUGCCGUGGCUUAAGCUGCUGUGUGAUAGCACGCUGUACAAGCAUUAUAAUAUAAAGUGCGAUUUUGCCCGUUUGGGGGAUAUCGUAGAAGUGGACGAACACGACGACAUCGAGUUGCUCCCGCAAUGCUCAGACCUCAACGAUCCGAUCCAAGUGGCUACAGCCAUGACUCUGGCUCAGCACACUCUCGUAUGGGACGAAGACAAGUUUCUAGCGAUUGCGCCAGGUGAGGGAAAAAGGCCCGUGAGCAUACUUUAUGACGAACACUCAGAGGAGCUUUCGUUCCCACAGAUCUAUCUCGGUGAGCCGCGCCGAGUAGAUGCCAGCGCAAAACCGACAGUCUUCACACACGCCAUGAGUGAGAUCCGCAGAUCAGACCGUCGAGGGGCCACCCCGCAGCACGUACUGUACAUGGCCAUGAAAGUGUUUAGGCACCGAGUAGCCGGUGACAUGUGUGUGGCCUUCCGUAACAUAAAGGCACUGGAAACACUAACGAAGCAACAGUUGCUCGACAAGGAUUUUGUGCAGCAAGCGGUCGAGCACGACAUGGCUUUCAUGCAUGGUAUUCCCAACACCGUGCAGUACUGGACAAAACGCAAGAAAGACCUCUUUGCUAUGAUACGGCAGUUAGGUAAGCCGACCGCGUUCCUCACUCUUUCUGCCUCGAAAAUGCACUGGCCCGACCUUUUGCAGUUGCUUCAACGCCUUCGGUUGAAGCCCGGCGAGAUCGAAGUACCACUGGAGCAAAUGAACAGCAUUUAUCGAGCACAGCUAGUAAAUGACGAUCCCGUGUUCUGUGCCAUAUAUUCCGACCGAUUGCACCGCGGGUCGGCACACGCGCACAUUCUCCUUUGGCUUCAUAACGCGCCCAACGAGGAGCUCUCGAUGCUCAUGCCCCAGACUCUUGAAAUAGCCAACGUUCUGCUUUCCAUCGACAACGGAUGCUUGAAGCGGGAGCGGACUCAGGUGCACCAACACACGCAUACCUGCUACAAGCACAACACCACCAGAUGCCGCUUUAACGCGCCUUUUAUGCCCAUCGAUGAAUGUAUGGUCGUAGUGCCUUUCCCCACUGUGGACAAUGAAGCGCAGAAGAAGAAAAUCGAGAGCCUCCUAAACAAGUACGAGGCCAUGCAUCAGGCCCUGGAAACGACAAAUUAUGACUCCAUGGAGCAGUUUUGGGAACAUCACGGUGUCGCGGACAAGGCGGAGUACAUUUCUGUUCUCCGAGCAGGCACUCCUCGUGCCACCAUCAUGCUACCCCGUACUGUGCAGCAAAAGUGGGUGAAUUACUUUAACCCAUGGGUUGCAUCAAUCCUCGAUUCUAACAUGGAUCUUCAGAUCGUCCUCGACACGUACGCGUGUGCUGCCUACGUGGUGGAAUAUGUAAACAAGGCCAACCGAGGUAUGUCGAACCUCAAUCGAGCAGUGCAAGAAAUUGUCAAGGAGAAGGGGGAUAUGGCCUAUUCUCAGGCACUGAGACAUCUAGGUGUGAAAAUGUUGAAGUCCAUUGAACUGUCCGCACAGGAGGCCGCAUGGUGUUUGCUCAACCAGGAUAUGUCGGAGGCGAGUCGCAAAGUUGUCUUCGUGAACUCUGCAUGGCCCGAGGAAAGGACGCGCAUUCGGAAGUCUAACGCUCAGAUGGCGCAGGAAGGCUUAGUAGAAUCAAGCACUGAUGUAUGGAAACGGAUGAUGAUCGAGCGCUACGAAGACCGCAUUCCCGAAUUGGAACCUGUUACUCUAGCAGAGUUCGCUACCGAGUACAACAUAUAUACCUACAAAAAGAGGAAUCAGCGACGGAUACUUCGCUACCGCGGUUACUCCGUAGACGAUUCAGUCAACUUCAAGCGAGAACAUGUCCUGCUUUUCUAUCCAUUCCGCAAAGAAGUUGACAUCUUAGACCAAAACUGUUUCGAGCGUCUGUAUGACCAAAACAUCGACGUCAUUCUAGAGAACGAGGCACGGUACCACAGUGACGUAGACAUUGAGCAAAUUCGUGCCGUUUGUAAUUCCAUGCUCCAGUCAAAUGACGGGGAACAUUGUGCCACUUCUGAGCUCCCAGAUGUGAGACUGCACCCGAUGGCCAUGGAAAACGACGACUCCGAUCUCCUAGACAUCGGUAUGGUCCGAUCCAAUGCCCCGUUUAAGCAGUGCCCCGCCGUGUGCACGCGCCAAGACGUCAUGAGCAGAGAUCAAUACCUGGACACAAUGCGCAAGACGAAUGAGGAGCAGUACGAGAUCGUCCGAGAAGUCGUGCAUAGACUCACUAUACCGGACUCUCCGCCACUACAAAUCUUCUUCACGGGAGUGGCUGGAUGUGGGAAGACAUUUGUACUGCGUCUCAUCAUGGACGUCUACAACAGAUAUUGCAACCCUGCUGGUUCAGAUAAUGUAAACGCCUAUGUUGCCUGUGCUACAACUGGAAAAGCGGCGGUCGCGCUUGGUGGAAUAACUGUACAUGCAGCGUUCAGACUUACCAUCAAUAGGGAUGGCGGACUCCGGGACAACGAGUUGAACACGUUCCGCUAUGCGUUCAGGAACGUCAGGUGCGUGAUUAUCGAUGAGGUUAGCAUGAUGUCCGCCGACAUCCUUCAGAAAGUGGACUCGCGACUCCGCAUCAUCACUUGCAAAUAUCUAGAGCCUUUCGGCGGGUUAGACAUCAUCCUCUGCGGAGACCUGCGCCAGCUUCCCCCCGUUCGUGCCGCCGAGGUUUUCAAGCGCGUCAAGACGAACAGUGUGUUUAACACGGAAAUCGCAUGGCACCAUUUGUCAUACUUUGUCCUCACGAAGGUCGUAAGGCAAAGCGAUCUCAGGUUUUCCACCAUACUUACCAAAAUUAGAGACGGUGCAGAAUUGGAUUCCGAAGAAAUCGCAUUGAUCCAGAGUCGGUUCGUCACGCAACAACAAGCAGAAACGUGUUGUCCCGGUGGCAUCCGCUUGUACUACUCCAACAAGGAAUCGGACUACUACAAUACGAACACGGCCAUUGCAACCGAAGAUAAUUGUGUGGCAUGUCCGGCACGGGACACAAUCGUUGGAUUCAGGUCUAUGCAGGAGAAGACAGAGGCAAUGCGCAAGGCCGAAACGCUGCCCAAGGCCGAACUCGGAAACCUGCCAGCUAAUAUAAUGCUAUGCAUUGGAAAACCAUAUAUGCUCACACUCAAUGUCGAUGUUUCCGAUGGUCUGGUCAAUGGCUCUGUUGGAAUACUGCAGUACAUACAAUACGAUACGCUCCGAGAGCCGGAACGCAUCUGGCUGCAUUUCGACAUCAACGGGCUCUACCUCACCAAUGCGGACAAUGACUUUACGUUCUACCACGGCAAGCCCAAUCCCGACAGGGUACUACUUGAUGAGUUUCGUCGACUGCAGUCACACAAACUCCAAACUGUCACUGCUAAGUGCUACGCAAUGAUUAAGCAACCGCACUUGUUCUCGGUCGCCGCACUUAAUGUUCGCUCUCUGCCGGCGCAUUCCAAGGACGUGCACCACGACCCCGUCCUACGCCAUGCAUCUGUACUUUGCUUCUCGGAAACGUGGAUGGAUCCAAAACAGGCGGUAGAAAUCAUGGACUACCAGUACUGCUGCGGCGUCAGUAGAGAGCACAACAGAGCGGCAGGGGUGGCCAUCUACGUGCGUAAGGCUCACACCGCUGUGACGACCUCUCGAAACACGUGCAUAGACCUCGUCUUUCAAAAUCAGCCUUUGGUCCAUCACCUGGAACACAUAUCCUGCCACUUCUCAGAUCACAAGGCUUCCUUCAUAACAAUCAAGGACUGGGAUAAGAGUGCUAUUUAA